AUGUUUGCUGUUUGCGAAUUUGGAAUGAGUAUUUUCAAAGCUCUCUGCCUAAUACCUCAACCAUCGGUUGAAUCCGUUCUCCAUGGACUUGCGAUCUUACUUUUCCUCAUCAUAACCGAAACCGGACGUAUUUACCUGGGAAGAAAAGGAAACUUUACGGAACAAGGACCUCCCCUGAUGCUGGGUAUUCUACUAACCAUUCCUAGUGCCCUGGCAACUAUUUACUUUCUAUAUUGGCAGAUGUCUGUUCUUCGCCUUGAACGUAUCCUGUGUUGUAUUCAGUUGUUUUUGCACGCUACCGAAUCUGUCAUAUCCAUCAUGUGUCUUGUAGCCAUUUAUCGCCCUCCCUCCACAGAAGAAUGA